AUGACUGAUCUGAACAUCACGGACACCGAUAUAGGUGACAAGCUUCGAGGGAAGACCGCCAUUGUCACGGGGGGGUCUUCAGGCAUCGGGCUAAGCAUCGUCCAGAAGCUCGCUGCGUCCGGCGUGAGAGUCCUGGUAGGGGAUGUCCAGCCCCUAAGAGAGGCGGUAGAGGGCGUGUUAUACAUGCAGACAGAUACGAGUCGCUGGGAGGACCUCCUCAGCCUCUUCAAGCGAGCAGUGAAGGAAUGGAGCCGGAUCGAUAUCGUCAUUCCGAACGCGGGAAUAGGGGACAAGGGCGAUUUCUUCGACAAGGUGGACGAGAGCGGAGACCCCGUCAAGCCCAAAUUCGACUGCUUGAGCGUCACCUUGAUCGGGCAGAUGUACACUGUGAAAUUAGCUAUGCACUACAUGCGGCGGCAGGUGCCCCAAGGCGGUGUGAUCGUGUCGACGGUCUCGAGGGCAGGCUAUGUAGCAGAGAGUAUUCCCGUCUACGGGGCUGCAAAGCACGGCAUGGUCGGCCUGAUGAGGGCUCUGCGGCCACUGACCAAGACCUGGAAUAUUCGAAUCAACAGCAUUGCGCCUGGGAUCACAGAUACGCCGGCCCUGCGGACGCUUCCUGAUCUCGUACCAAAGCUCUGGCAGAGCGGUAUACCCAUGAAUACCAGCGACGACUGUGCUCUGGCAGCCGUCUUCCUCUGUGCGAACGAGGAUUACAAUGGCAAUACGAUUUUCAUCAACGGAGGAAAAUUCCGUGAAGUCGAAAGCGGUUAUAAACGCCAUUUAAAGGACAUCAUGGGGAAUGAUAAACGAUUGAGUUUGAACUGCGAAGAGAAGAAAAUGCUAGGUCAGUGGAUCCACUCUAUUUUCAAGAUGCGCGCUGAAACACCGAGCAAAGAGGACAUUUUCACACCGAGCAGCAAGUACUGA